UGCUAAAAUUAGCUAGAGUUUAGCGAGAAACACAAUUCCAAAUCAAACAUGGAUAUAGCGGACGUUACACGGAUCUGCCGUUUGUGCGUUGGUGAUCUUUGUACGCCGUCCACGGCCAGUAUUAAUGUGUUGGACUUUCCGGAUAUUCAAUCCCUCGUCAAGGAUCACUACUCAGUAGAGAUACUUCCUACAGAUAAAUGCACUACGUCGAUCUGCAUGGGGUGCUACAUCAACCUACAGAAAAGGCAUGAGUUUCGGUUGAAGUACAAGAGCUCUAAAAAGCGAUUUCGGAUGAAUCAACUGAUACUGCGCGGUCAGAUGGAAGCGUUUUCCAAAAAAACCGCCCCUCCGGUGUCGGAGUCCUUUUCGACAGACACGACGCAAGACACGGCGGAAGUCGUGUUGGAAGAUACGGGGGAAGUCGCGAUGGAAGUCGAGGAGGCCAAUGAAAGUUUGGAGGAGCCCAUCACCGAGGAACAGUUUGAAGCACAAGUAGCCUAUUCUCAAGAAGCCCAAGUUACAUCGGCGUCUGCUGUAGAAACCGAACCGCAGCACACAACUAGGGAAGCCAGUGACACAGCCGUCGCAUUCGACCGAAGUGAAGAUGGAAUCGAUGAGCUCGUGGCCAGCGCUAGCCUAGAUCUCCUGCGUCCCGUGAUCGUCGAUUGUCUUAAAGAACCCCUGUACCUAGAGGCAUUGAAACCUGUUUUUCUCUCGAAGGAUCUUAACUAUCAGUUGGAUUAUCAUUGCCCCAAAUGUUUUCAUGUGUUCUCCAGAAAGAACUCUCUCGUCAGACAUUUUAAAAGGAAUACGUGUUUGCGCUGCUGCCGAUACUGUAGGGAAUAUAUUAACUCCCCCGACAAUAAUCACGAUUGCCCACCUUCGCGCCGUUUUGCGGCUAUUGCACCACAGAUUUGGGGUAAAUCCCGGUAUCGCCCGGACACCAGCGACUCAUCAUUCGCUGUUCGGGAGAGUGAUACGGAAUCGGAAGCUUCAACCGUUGAUCUACCGUUGGCUGCGAUCGUUGAAACAACGCGUCAAAAAUAGUGCAUGAAUUGUUCAAUAGGAAUUUAUUACACCGCAC